UCGCCUCACAAACUUGAAAAGUUAUCUUAUAAUACAGGAAAGAACAUCAGUGAAAGAAGUUCUUCAAAUGAUGAUGCGAUAUCCGAGCAGGAAGUUGCUCUUUGUAUGGAAUAUAUGAUUUCUUAUGUAUCGGGAGAGGUUCAGCGUCAAACUGAAGAGCAUAUGGUAAAACAAUGUAACGAUCUAGCUAAUGAAAAUAAUAAUUCAUCAUGGAAAACAAAAUCUUGUCCGAAAACCGUCAAAGAAGUCAAAAGCAAAGGACUCGCAAAGAUUAGCAAAAAGGAUAUCGCAAACAAAAUAGCCAAAAGAGCAGUUUGUACUGAUAAUAUUGAUGCACCUAAAGAUAAAAAAGGUGUUCGUCCUCAAAGAAAACGUGUGAAGCCACUGUGGUUGACAGUCAGCGAAGAUGGAGAUACAGUAAGCAGGAAAAUUGUUCAUUCUGAGGCAAAAAAGCGAUUUGCCACAACAUCAGUAAAACAUGAGGAUAGUAGGAGUGAUAGCAGUAAUGUGAACACUAUAAAUGAACCAGCGAAAGAAAUUUCAAAAAAGCGAUAUAAUCGUAAGCGACUUGUUGAUGGAAAUAUUUCUCCAGAACUUAAUGACGAAAAUGAAACUUCGAAGAAACGGUGUGGUCGUAAAUCUUUUGUAAAUAGUGGCAGUCAUUCGCAGGCAUCAGGAGAACAAUUCUAUAAUGAAGUAUAUAUUUUACUCUAUCUUACAUUUGUAUAUGUUGUUGCAUCGUUAUCUGUUAAAAAACAAAUCAAAAAAAGGCGACGUACUUAUAAAUCGAUGACAAUUGACGAAGGUGAAAUUAAUCCAGAUGAAGAAUUCUGCAGUAAUGAGAAGAAAAUCGCUAGCAAGUUACGUUGUACAAAUUUUGCGAGUACUUCAUGUGAUAAGUCAGAUGGUGAAAGCGGCAAUAGUAUUAAAUCUCUUGCUAAUGAGGAAAGCACCAAUCAAAAAUCGACUAGUAGUGGAGAAAAUCCUGAUCAAAAGAUUGCUGAAAACAAAGAUAGCAUGGAACGCAAUAGUGGCGAACUGUCUACUGCCAUAAAGCCUCGUCCAUCAAGAGAACGAAGGCGGCCAAAAUGGACUAAUAAUUUUGUCAUCACAGGUUUAGGUCACCGAAAACGACGAACUAUUGAAUCCGUAGAUGAUGUUACUACAUGCAGUGAAAUUGUGGAUACUGAUGAGUUUUCCGCUAAUGAUGGUGAUCGAUCUCCUAAUAAUUGCAAAGUUGAAAUCGGUGAAGCAACAGCUGAUAAUGUUGAUACAAUUUUUGUUGUACCAAAAAAAAAUCCUAGCCUUGAUGAGCCUGCUCCGCAUAAAUCUGCUUCUGCGUCAUCUGCCACUUCCGAAAGACAUCGAGAUAAUCUAGUGGCAUGCCAUUAUACUCCUCGUGCACGGAAAAUCAAAUUUGGUAUAGAGGAACAGCAAGAAUUUUCUGUUGAUGGAGAAGCAAAUAUAACUUGGUCUCAUUCGCGGCGCAAACAGAAUUUAUCUAGUAUCACUGAAACGGAUGAUAUCGCUAUCGUUCGGUUUCCAAAUGGUAGGGCACCACCACGACGUGCUGAUCUCUCUGAAAUUCCAGUAUAUUUGACUGAGGUGCAGCGUGAUCUAUUUUUUUCAUUCAUACGUCCGGCAGCGUCAUUACCUGAGCCCUCUCAAGAAUGCCUGCAGUGUAAUGCUAUACUUCCUAAUUUAGUGGAAGGUAGACGGCAUGCUGUAGGUCAUUUGCGGGUAAUACGCUUACGAUGUUCAUUGUGUGAAUGUGGCUCAUUCUUCUGUUCUGAUAUGCGUCGACAUCUACAGGAAAGGUACUGUGAAAAACUUCAUAUGGCUCCUGAAGGUUUUGUGGCUCCAGGAGACUGUAUACCAUGCAUGGAUAAGAACCAGGCAGAUAAAUUAACAAAGCUUGUGGAUCCUUCUAGACCUGGCCGAGUUAUGUUCACAUCUGGCAAGAUUAUCAGUUCAUCGAAUCCGCGUCCUUAUUUCCCUGAUCCUGAAAUUGAAAAAAAUGUUCUUGGUCCAACCUGGUCGAUGGUAUUAGGAUCAAGUCCGAAAAAGGCCGUCAUAUCGAUGGAUUUAGAUCAGAAGGAUGAUGAAUAA